CGCUGCCAACCCGUGUCCCCCGCAGGCAUAAGAAGCCAGCGGGUGCCCGUGGUGCCUGGCCACGCCGCAUCGCUGUGCCACAGCCCCGCCGGCAGCAGGGAGGGCCACGCCACGACCAUGUCCGAGCUGGAGAAGGCGAUGAUCGCCAUCAUCGAUGCCUUCCACCAGUACUCCGGGAAGGAGGGAGACAAGCACAAGCUGAAGAAAUCGGAACUGAAGGAGCUCAUCAACAACGAGCUGACCCAUUUCCUCGGGGAAAUCAAAGACCAGGAGACUGUGGACAAAGUCAUGGAGGCACUGGACUGCGAUGGGGAUGCAGAGUGCGACUUCCAGGAGUUCGUGGCCUUCAUUGCAAUGGUCACUGCUGCUUGCCAUGAGUUCUUUGAGCAUGAGUGAGCUGUGGGAAGCAGUUGAUGGAAGUGGAUCCAGGCUGAAACAUUCAAGAGCAGAGCUCAUGUACUGACAGCAAGGAAAAAAAAAUCUUAAAAAGAAAACUAUGGUUUUCUUCCCUCAAAUGAGUUAUGGACUUUUACAGACCCCAGAAAAGGAACAGAACCAACCACAGCACUGUCAUUCGUAUUUGGGAGAGAAAAGUGGCAGAAAUAAAUAAUGAUUUUGCAGUUACCUUUGCUUGACAAGUUUAAAGGAAUGCUAGAAAUAUAGCACUUUUAUGUUUAGGUGAGAACAAGGUUAAAUAAACCAGAAGUGACUGGAAGAAAAUACAGUGGUGCAUAUAAUUUUAAUAAUAUAUACUGAAAGAGAAAAAAAAUAGAACUCUGCUUAUAUGGCACUGGAUAACCAAGCCACACCAUAAAACCUGGUGUGCCUAGAUCCUCCCAAACAAAACAAAAAUAACAGAAAAUCCAAACUCAAACACAAAAUCUGAAGAUUGUAGCAACAACCCACAUUAGAAUUGGUCAUGACAUGGAAUUCUCAUUUGAAAUAUCUGACCA